CGUCGCCGCCGCCGGUUCAACGCUCGUCCGCUCCUCCGUCCGCCUCCAUGUUGUCCUCGACGCCGUCGAUCCAGGGCCAGAUCCUCGAGCUCAGAGUGACCGGGUGCAGGAAGCUGCGGGACACGGAGAUCUUCUCGCGCCAGGACCCCUACGUCAUCGUCGAGUACGCCAACACCAAGCUGCGCACGCGCACCUGCACCGAUGGGGGAAGAAACCCGUCCUUCGACGAGAAGUUUCAGAUACCACUCGUUGAUGGGCUCCGUGAGCUGAAUGUCCUCGUUUGGAACAGCAACACUAUCAACAAUGAUGACUUCAUCGGCAGCUGCAGGGUGCCGCUGCACAAGGUGCUAGCAAGCGGCUAUGAUGACGCCUCAUGGCCCCUGCAAACACGCCGUAUGAAGUCUGCCGGGGAAGUGACGCUCAUUAUGCACUUUGAUGUCGCAGCAAUGAAGAACAAGAUGGGGGGUAAAACUGGUGCCCAGUAUGCUCCCUCAAUGCCAGCACCGUCGGCAUACGCUGCCUCCUCAGCUUACCCAGCACCAGCAGGAUAUCCUGCAGCACCCCCACACCAAGCUUAUCCAGCACCAUAUCCCGCUCCGUCUGCAUACUCAACUCCGCCUCCCCAGCAACCAUACGGGCAACCAUGCCCGCCGCAGCAAUAUGGGCAACCUUACCCACCACAGCCCUAUGGGCAACCCUACCCACCACAGCCAUAUGGGCAACCCUACCCGCCACCGUCAGCAGCACAAUCACCAUAUCCACCUGCACCUUACCCUGGAGCUUAUCCACCACGGCCGUAUUGAUGUACCAGCUUCAGUGACCCGGCGUGGAGGGCGGGAGGCAUUGCAGAAAAAUCCUACCAACCGUCCCUGAGCCUGCUUCUUAUGGAUCACAAGUCUACCGAAGGAACAUUUAUUUCUCUAGUAUGCACUAUAUAAGUAGCUUCCAUAGCAUCUAAACUAAGUCAGUCUAUACUUUGGUUUGCCAAAGUUGUGAUCCGCCUUGCUUCUGUUUUGAGGUCAUCGUUGACUGUUCUACCUGUAAGGCUGUAAAUAUAUGGAGCUAACUGCUUGGAUGUCAGCAAAUGCAUGUUCAGCUGUGAAGCUUGCAUCGUCUUGUGGAUGGUCGACCUGAAACCUGGAAUUGUUUUGUGAUUCUCAAUAAAUUUGUUCUUCUUGAUA